AUGUUCUUCUCCCUGUCUUCUGAGCUGGUCUCGUCCAUUUCUUUUAGCAAGCGCCACCACCAUCCAGGAUGCUGGCCUACGACAUAUUUCGGAGCACCUUCGUGCGAAUUUUUGGAACACCCUGACUAUCUACUAUGCAUCGUCACCUCACCAGUGAUGUGUCACCUGUAUCAAAUGUGUUACAAUGCCUUUGAUGAGCGAAGGGGUCUGUGGCUAGACAUCAACUUUUGCAAUGAAUAUGGCACUCUUUGGAGCAAUUCGGAAAAGCCUCCCAUGGCAUUUCUUGUUGCAUUGGGAGGCAUUUCUACCGCUUGUGCUCGUUUUAUGGGUUUGAUCAUCUUACAUUUUGAUCUACGAAAAUUGGAGCUAUGGCGGUGGGAAAUAUAUCUGGCUUGGUCUUGGCUUUUCAUUGCUGGAGCUGCAGAUAUGUACCACAGCUCGACAUGUACUUGUGCUACAGGACAAGCUUUGACCAUGUCCGUGAUGUUCGUGACCCUAGAACUCUAUAUCAUUGGGAGACUAUUGUCCUUUAUUGCUCCGCCAUUCCUCGAGUUCAAGCAUAGGAUUGGAGCGGUGACGGAUACAAGGGUGCUUCAUGCACUAUCGCUCUUGCUCUUUGACAUUUUGAAUCUGGUACCCGGAGUGAAGGCGAUAGGUAUCAUUGGUGAAUUCGUUCCAUUCAGUAUAGGGGCUCUCAUUGUGCUAGAUUACACAGAUCCUUCAAUUGAUAAGCAGCUGAUUCAGCACUGCCAAAUGGCAUGUAAGGGGGGCCCCAAAAAGGUAUAA